AUGCCAACUCCUCCCCGUUCCUCCCCCUUUCCACCGUUCCCCUUAUCCCUCUCCCUCUUCGCCCCCUCCGCUCCACCGUGCAGUCUGGCAAUGCACGCGGAGCGGACGAACAAGCACAAGGCGGACGCGCCAGUGGCGGAGGGCGCGGUGCCGGCGUACCUGCUGGAGAGGGAGGCGACGGCGCGUGCCAAGGUGCUGAGCAACACCAUCAAGCAGAAGCGCAAGGAGAAGGCCGGCAAGUGGGACGUGCCUCUGCCCAAGGUUCGGCCGAUAGCAGAAGAUGAGAUGUUCAAAGUGGUCAGAUCAGGGAAGAGGAAAACCAAGCAGUGGAAGAGGCUAGUGACUAAAGUCACCUUUGUGGGCCCAGGGUUCACUCGUAAGCCACCCAAGUAUGAGCGCUUCAUCCGCCCCAUGGCUCUGCGUUUCACCAAGGCGCAUGUGACCCACCCAGAGCUCAAGUGCACGUUCCAUUUGGACAUCAUCAGUGUGAAAAAGAACCCCAACGGCCCCAUGUACUCGUCCAUGGGGGUCAUCACCAAGGGAACCAUCAUUGAGGUGAACGUGAGCGAGCUUGGGUUGGUCACACCAGCUGGCAAAGUCAUUUGGGUCCGCCGCAGCAAGGUAUGGUUCCCCCCCAAGCGCGCGUUGGCGGCGUGUCAGAGCUUCCGCACGACGCGGCACGCGGACAGCAGCGUGCGGCAUCACGAGCAGCCAGCGAAUCAGGCGCUCAUGCUCGAUCGCCUCGGCGACGACCCGCUGGCUGCUGCGAGCGGGCAAGUCGUCGUCGGCAGCGACCGACGGUACCGCGUGGUGUACAGGCUGGUGAACAGCAUCUACGUGCUGGGGCUCAUGCUGGCGGACGACGAUGAGACGUCGCUCAACGUCUACAGCUGCAUCAGCACCGUCAACCAGGCCGUCAGUGUGCUGGUGGCGGCGUGCAAGGGCGUGGAUGUCACACCGGAGAAGAUAUUCCGCAAGUACACUGAGGUCUACAUGGCGUUCUUCUACGUGCUACAGGGCAUCGGAGCGGCGCGCCUUUCUGCGGUGCUCUCGUACGUGGCGGGCGACGGUGCAGCGCUGCUCGUGCCACUCGCCACCAACACCCUCGCCGACGGGGAGAACCGCGCGCGCGGCGCUGCCAGCUGGCGUGUGGCUAAUGCCGAGGCGGUGGAGCGACUGGCGAGCGUGGAGUACAUGUCAUCAGCGCACUUCGAGCUACCAGAGGAGGCCAUAGCAGCGGGCGACGAGACAAUGGAGGCGUUCGCCCCGGCGCCCUCCCAGCCUGCCUUCGAAGCCCCCCCCGCGCCCCCCACGCCCUCUCCGCGCCCCUCCGCGGCCUCGGACCCCCUGGCGGCGCUGGCGCUGCUGGGCUCCGCGGAUGACCCCUUUGCCGCCAGUGACAGCCUGCUGGGAGGCGGGGGGGGCGAGCUCGCGCUGCUGGACGCGGGUCCUGGGGGAGCGGGUGGGGUGGGGGAUGUGGCGGCAGCAGGGGGUGCGGGGAAGAGGCCAGAGAAUGAUCCCGCAUCGCUGCUUGCGGAGCUCGAGGCGGGGCUGUCCUCCGCGCCCCCCCCCUCCGCGCUGGACCCCUUCGCGUCAGACAGCAUGGCGGACGCGUUUGGGGCGGACCUGGAGGCGGAGGGGCUGGGGGGGCUCGCCGCGCUGGGGGACGACGAGGGGGACGACGCCUGGGGGACGGCCUUCGGGGGGAGCGCGCUGCUGGGGGGGGAUGGGGACGCGUGGGGGGGAGGGCUGGACGCAGCAGAGUUUGGGGUGGAGCAGGGGGAGGAGGACGCGUUUGGGCUGGGCGGCGGGGGGGACCUGGGCGCGGCGCUGGGGGGGGGAGAGGGGGCGGCAGGGGGGUCAGCGGUGGCGGCUGCACGGCAGCUGGAGGUGGCACUUGGGCUGGGCGCCAUGGAUGCAGCCAGCACGCCGCCAGCAGCAGCAACACCGGCCACGCCAGCGGGCCCCACACAGCCCACGUUCCGCGUGGAGGAGCGCAUCAGUGCGGACUUCCUCGGGUCCUCGCUCACGCGCGUGCGCCUCUCCGGCACCGUCUUCCUCGCCCUCCCAACGCCCAAGGCCGCAGCGCUCGCUGCAGGGGGGGCGAUGGGGGGUGGCGGUGGCGCUAUUGGUGGGGGAGGCGGGGGGGGCAGUGGGGCGGGGGUGGGUGGAGGAGCGGAGAAGGACGGGAGUGUGGCGGACGAGUUCUCCUUCCGAUUGGAGGGCUCUGGCGCCAUCAAGCGCUGCACCAUGCGCCCAGGCAUAGUGAGCGACCUGGGGAAGGGUUAUUUCCACUUCCGCAUGCCUCCCCCCGGCACCACCUUCCCCCCGCUCUCCGCCCCCUCUGCUGUCACAGCCUCCCCCCAGCCACCCCCCAUGGCGGACCUGCUGGGGGACGGGGACGAGGGCAUGGGGGAGGUGGUGAAUCCCCGGGAGGGGGAUGCGUGGGGGCAAGAAGGGGAGGGGGCGGGGGGGGCGGAGGGGCGGGCGCAGGAGUUUGUGCUGAUGAAGUAUCGCCUGCAGCCGCGGUACACGCCCAUUCCGCUGCGACUCAGGUUCGUGACACGGAGGAGUGAUGAAGCGCUCUCACUCAUGAUCCAGUACGUGGCGAACCCGUACCUGCAAGCACCGCUGAUGAAUGUCACCUUCAUCCUCUCCCUCGCCUUCUCCCCUGCCUCUCUCCGCCUCAACCCAGAGGCACAGCUUGACCCAUGGACUAAGGAGCUGAGGUGGCAUGUCCCACAAAUCAAUUCCAAUGACCCACCGCAGCGCCUGAGGGCUCAGAUCCCCGUGAUUCCAGAUGACUUGGUGCACGGGGCGGCAGAGAGGACAGCGGAGGAGAAGCAGGCGGAGGAGGACCGCAAGGCACGGGAGAUGGCGGCAUACCGCGUGCGCGUGGAGUUUGAGUGUAGAGGGUCGUCGCUGUCAGGCGUUACUGUGGGUGAGGUUAUGGCUUCAGGCAAGCCACCAUUUGCUGUGGCAGGGCAUUCGUUUUCCUCUUCUGAGUAUAUCUGCUCGUGA